AUGGCCGGCGCCCGUGGCGUACCUGCCGUCCUGCCCCAGGUGGUCGUGCUGUGCCACCAGCGCCACGAGGGGAUCGACGAGGCUGCUGCCGCCGCCGCAGCGUCCUCCACCAGCGGCCUCGUCUCCAAGUGGCGCCCCAAGGACCGUGUAAUGGAAGUGAUGCAGUUUGCAGAUGCUAUUCCUACUGCUUGUACUGAUGUUAUAUACUCUUGA